GUUAUGUGCCACCAGUGGGCCUGCGUGGGACCCAAAUCCUGCGACAGUGCUUCCUGUAACUUUAUGUGAGUUUUCUGCUUGAUGGUAGUAAGUUAGUUGAAAAACCAGAAAGCUAGAUCAUUCCCGAGACUCGGUGGCAUGUCAGACGUGCUCGAUUCUAGAUGCGUUACCUAACCUAUAAGUAGAAGGGGGACAGGCCCCAGCGAAGUAAAGCUGUCGCACAGGUUAACUGCCUGGACUCUGCGAUCUGAUCUGACCAGUUCUGUGGUGUUCUUGGUCACACAUUUAUGGAGUUUCUGAAGGGCAGUGGAGAUUAUUGCCAGGCACAGCACGACCUCUAUGCAGACAAGUGAACUGUAGAAAUUCAUUACUACUCCACCAAGAAGCCCCCAUAUGAGUGGUUAACCUGGACACAGAGGUGUUGAAUUGAAAACUGCAGAGCAUUUUGCAAGAGUUCUGACCUGGAUGGGGUAAACCUCAGUGCACUUCCUUUCUAUUGCCUCAGUAUUACUGGAUUGAAGAAUUGCUGCUUCUUGUUAGGAGGUUCAUUUCAUUUCCCAUUACUCCCAACUUCACUCAAAGCACUGAGAAUUUCAAGUGGAGUAUAUUGAAGUAGACUCAGUUUCUUUGCAUCAUUUCUGUAUUCAAUUUUUAAAUUCUUUCAUAACUUUAUUGAGUGUUUUUUAACUAAAUUAUCAUGGCUCGAAUGAACCGCCCAGCUCCUGUGGAAGUCACAUACAAGAACAUGAGAUUUCUUAUUACACACAAUCCAACCAAUGCGACCUUAAACAAAUUCAUAGAGGAACUUAAGAAGUAUGGCGUUACCACAAUAGUAAGAGUAUGUGAAGCAACUUAUGACACUACUCUGGUGGAGAAAGAAGGCAUCCAAGUUCUUGAUUGGCCUUUUGACGAUGGUGCACCACCAUCCAACCAGAUUGUUGAUGAUUGGUUAAGUCUAGUAAAAAUUAAGUUUCGUGAAGAACCUGGUUGUUGUAUUGCUGUACAUUGUGUUGCAGGCCUUGGAAGAGCUCCGGUGCUUGUUGCCCUAGCAUUAAUCGAAGGUGGAAUGAAAUAUGAAGAUGCAGUACAGUUCAUAAGACAAAAGCGGCGUGGAGCUUUUAAUAGCAAGCAACUUCUGUAUUUGGAGAAGUAUCGUCCUAAAAUGCGGCUGCGCUUCAAAGAGUCCAGUGGUCAUAGAAACAACUGUUGCAUUCAAUAAAACGGGUGCCUGAUGCCAUUGCCUUGAAAGUGGAACUUGAGAUAGGACCUAAUUUGUCAUAUGUAUUAGCCAACAUGUUGGCUUGGUGAAUAAGUCUAAUGAAGCUUCCAAAAGAGGGUUGAAAAUCAGUUUUAACAGGCCACAAGCUUGACGGAAUUGCAACCUCUAUGUUCGGGUUCUGAUCAACCUAUUUUGACACUGCAAAAGAUUCUUACUGUUCAGCAUUUAAAAUCUGCUUAUCAUUUGUACCAAUUUACUUUUCCUGAAAUCAUGCAGUAUUGAGUUAUGUCUUUAAAUCUAUUCCCAUGUCAGAAUCUCACCGAAAUAUAAAAGAUUUAGAAAGAUUAGGUGCCAAAAUACCCAGCACAAUACUUGUAUAUUUUAGUUUCAUACAAAACUAAAAUCCCAGGAACUAUGAACACUCUGGACCUUAUGUGGUUUAUCCCUUCAGUCAUUUCAAACAUAGAAAGUAGGGCCCAUAUGGUUAUUUGCCUGCUCACUUUAUGUUUACAUCUCCCACAUUCAUACAAGUAUACAUCAGGUUUGCUCAACUUUUUGAUUUUUAUACAAAGUCUUUGUUAUUAUUUAAUGUCUUUCUAUAAAUCUCAUUUUGUGCUGUUAUGGAAAGCCUCCAUUUUGAAAAUCUGCAUUGUAUAGAAGCACAUGUCUUUAAUGUCUCCAGACAAAGCCUUACAGUUAAUUUUAACGUUUGCACUUAAUGUGCAACCUAUAGGGAGGGCCUGAGAAAAGAAUGAGAGGGGGCUAUUAAGUAUUUUUAGUAAAAUGUUGCCUUUGUCUUGUGUGGAACAUGUAGAAUAUGCUCUUUGGUAAAUAUUUUUUUAAAGGUAGACAUGCUUUAUUGUAGCUAAAACGAUUCUUAAUCAUAAAAAUUCUGAAUUCUUGUAUUUUUUUCAUACAUUCUGAAGUUUACCAACUUAUUUUUGUUUGAAGUGUGAUUUUUUUUUCCCUUCCAACCCUGUUGCAAAAAAAAGAAGUGGGUUCCUGCUAAUGAACUGAGCAGACAUCUAAUAUUUUAUAUGCCUUUUGAGCUGUGUAACUUAAUAUUUGGAUACUUGAUAAUUUGUUUUAUUAUGUAAUUGAUAAAAUGGUGAUAUGUAUUGAUGUUAGUUCAACCAUAUAUUUAUACUGUUUGGGAAUGUGUGGUUAUAGUUCUCUGGGAGAAAUAAUUUGUCAGUGUUCACCAGCUUGUAAAAAUUUAGUGCGAGAGCUUAAACAUCUAAAUAAAUAAGAUGCAUUUAUCAUCACUGA